AUGGCUAUUACUUCUGACCAGAAGAAUGAAAUUGACUUGUUUCACAAGCAAGUAGAAAUUGAAAAUCCAAGUGAUAUCAUACAAUUUGGUGCAAAUUAUUUUAACAGAAGAUUAGAAUUACAAAGAGGUUUUAUAAAGAAGCAAGAAAAUUUCGCUCUUUCUAAAGGGAUCUCUUUGUUUCCAAACGAUAUGGCUCAGGAUCCAAUGUCUACAACUCACAGAAGUAGUAGCGCUGUUAAUUUUAAGUCUCCAUUUGUCGACCAGGAUCCACAUUCUAUCCAUUCAGGACCACAUAGUAACAAUAGUAGUAGUGAACCAUUUAAAAGCAAUUUUAACGUUACUACUGAAUCUAAGAAACGUAUAAACUCACCAAUGGACCCUUCUCAAUCUAAUGAUGACCCUUCUGCUGGUUCCAAUUUCAAAAGGUCUUCUCCACAUCCUUCUAAUUUAUCACCAAUUCCCGUGCAUUUCAACGCUGAAAGACGUACUUCGGUAAGUGGUGAAACUUUGCAGCCAGGUAAUUUCGAUGAUUGGACUCCAGAACAUUACAAAGAAAAGAGUGAAGAACAAUUGAAAAGAUUAGAAAAAUCAAUCGGUAAGAAUUUCUUAUUCAAUAAAUUAGACCAUGAUAACAAGAGACUUGUUAUAAACUGUUUGGAAGAAAAACAUGUACCUAAGGAAACCGUGAUUAUUAAACAAGGUGAUCAAGGUGACUAUUUCUACAUCGUCGAAGAUGGUAAUGUAGAAUUUAUUGUUAAUGACGCAAAAGUUAGUUCAUCAGGUUCUGGUUCUAGUUUCGGUGAAUUAGCAUUAAUGUACAAUAGUCCAAGAGCUGCUACAGUAAUCGCUACUUCUGAUUGUAUUCUAUGGGCCCUUGAUAGAUUGACUUUCAGAAAAAUUUUAUUAGGUAGUUCUUUCAAGAAGAGAGUAUUAUAUGAUGAUUUAUUGAAGAGCAUACCUGUUUUAAAAUCUUUAACCACUUAUGAACGUGCUAAAUUGGCUGAUGCAUUGGACACAAAAUAUUACGAACCAGAUCAAGUUAUCAUUAAAGAAGGUGAUGUUGGUGAAAAUUUUUACCUCAUUGAAUAUGGUGAGUGUCAAGUCACUAGAGAAGACAAAGGUUUAUUAACAACUUUACAUAAAGGUGAUUAUUUUGGUGAAGUCGCACUAUUGAAUGAUUUACCACGUCAAGCCACUGUUACAGCCUCAAAGAAAACCAAAGUUGCUACUCUAGGUAAGAGUGGAUUCCAAAGACUCUUAGGUCCAGCUGUAGAAGUACUCAAAUUGAAUGAUCCUACAAGAUCCUCUCGUGAGUAA